AUGAGUAAUCAAACAAUUAUAGAAGAAGAAACAAAGGCUAAAGAACAUAAACUGUGUGAAUUACAAGAUCAGUGUCAAAAAAGUGUGAGGAAUACUCUUAAGAUUGCUGCAAGUGCAAAUGAAAUAUCUAGAAAUAGUGCAACAAAACUUAACGAGCAAACAGAACAACUUCACCGCAUAAAGAAUGAUAUGGAAACCAUUAAGGACAACUUAGAUAAAACUGAUGAUGUAAUAUUUUCGUUACAACAUCCCAUACUAGCAUGGUUUAAAGAACUCUUUAGUCACAAAGAUAGUGAGCUACAAAAGUGUAGUCAGGAUAAAAAGAGUGCUCAAACAAAAUAUGAUCAUGAACACUUUCCUAUUAAUGGUAAUCAAAUAGGGAAUGAUAUAGAUGGUAAAGAUAGGGUAUUAAGAAAAAAGUGUAAAGGUACUGACGAUAACUUCGAGAGUUCUAUCAACAAGGACCUAGAUAAUAUUGAAGAUUUAUUAAAAGAGAUGCAUGGGAGAGCUUUAAACAUGAACUUAGAACUCAAAAAACAAACUGAAGUUAUUGAAGAUAUUAACAAUAAUGUAGAUGCAAAUUAUACAAAGAUGAAAGAUCAACGUAAAAAACUAGGGGAGAUUAUCAAAAAAUGA